AAAAUGUAAACCGUGUCCAAUAUAUAAACUCUACAUUGUUUAACAAGCAGGUUAUGCUUUGAAGCUUUGCUAAAAGCUUGAAGACAAAGCCAUCACACGAGCUAAAAAAUGGCCGAACAUUUCAAGGUAAAAUUCUGCCGGGUAAUCACAUCUUUCAAUUCUUGCCGCUCCAAGGACCCAUCCACUCUUCCAUCAAAUCCUGUCCCUUCAUUUCUCAGACUUUCUCCCGUAAAACUCCGUCUUCCACCGCCACCCAAACCCCAUAACUCUUCCAUCAAGCGUCACAUGUCCUCGGCGCUAGCUUCAAUCAAAAGCGGAUUCAGAUCAAGAUCCACCGCGAAUCACUUUUCUGAAACCGCCUACAGCAAAUCAGCAACAGAGUUCCAAUGGGAGAAAGAAGAGAAAUGGCACGUAGUGGCUAAAAUGUACGACGAAACUCCUCGUCGGAAAAUUUAUAAUUCUUUGGUUAAAAGUGACUUCGAUAACCACAACAUUUUGCUUCCUCCUCAUUCAAACACGGAAAGGAAAAGGCGACGGAUCAAAAAGAAGAAGAAAUCAACUCCAAGAAUCUACGUCAGAAAUUCCUCUACGGAGAGCAGAUUGUUCAGCAGUGAAGAGGAAGAUGAUAUUUACAACAAGGAAACAGAAACAUUAGUCUCAUCAACCAGAAGCUUCUCUGAUUAUUCUUCCCCAGAUUUCAGUACCCAUUUGCAAACCAUAAGUGAAGUAUCUCAUCCCUUUGGUAUUAAUCAUCGAAACAAGAAGGUUAAAAAGGCAAAACGGCAUGUUACAAGCAAGGCAAGAAAGAGCUGUAGCGAGGCGGCAUCAUUCUCUCCGGCAAGAUUGUCAACGUUUGAGCGGCUGUUACCGUGCACUGUGGAUGGGAAGGUGAAGGAGAGCUUUGCGGUGGUGAAGAAAUCGGAGGACCCAUACGAAGACUUCAAGAUGUCGAUGAUGGAGAUGAUAAUGGAGAAGGAGAUGUUUGAGGUCAAGGAUUUGGAGCAACUUCUGCAAUGCUUCUUGUCUUUGAAUUCUAAACGUCAUCAUGGAAUUAUAGUUGAGGUUUUCUCUGAGAUUUGGGAGAAAUUGUUCUCUACAAAUUCUAUUAGUCUCUGUUAGUAAUUUCCUUAUUAGUUACUUCACUUUUGUUAUUCCUCUUACUUAUUCAUAUUAAUAAAUGGCUAUAGAAAUAUUUUAUAUUUGCUUUUUAGGAAAA